AUGCCCCGACGUGCCCGCAUCCACUUUGUGUCCCUGCAUUCGUCGUUGGUCAACCUACCCAUCUCCCUGUACGGCCCUCUAGUCGAGCGUGGAAUCCGCCCACAAGGCCUUGCCGUUCACCUAACCCUCACGUCAGCGAGCCCGAAAGCGGCUUCUGACGAUGCGAAGAAGAGGACGGAAGCGUAUGUAGGCUGGACGGGCAUGGCCGCGUCGUCUUCCCUUGCCCACUUCAAUUCCGGCGACACAAGCGACAGAGGGCUAGAAACCAUAGAGAUUGAUCCGCAGUAUGCUGAUGGGUUAGGCUUCGCGCUGGGUGACAUCGUCGAGAUAGGACUGUUGCAUAACCUAUCCUAUGCAACUUCAGUUGCGACUGAGCCCGUGUCAUCUGAUGACUGGGAAAUCAUCGAACUCCACGCGUCUCACGUUGAAUCCACGCUGCUCUCUCAAGUACGUGUCGCGAAUAUUGGCCAGGAGAUAGAUGUCUGGGUCCUCGGGCGCACCAGAGUGCGUUUGAACGUUGUCUAUCUUGAGCCGUCUACAAGCGGAAAGGCUCUCCUGCUUACAACCAGCACCGAAGUAAGCAUUGCGCCGAAGCUGCGCAGGAAAGCCGGUGCGUCGGGCUCUCGUGGCGGUCCCACUGCUAUCAAUGGAAGCUCGGGCAGCACGAAAGUGAAUGGUAUCAAUGGCGGUAUCAAUGGCGUAUCGAAGCUCAAACAGGGCAACGACGUUCCACACAAAGACGCUGGAAAAAAGAGACGACAGACUCGUACACUGCGUGUCCUACCACAGCGCAUUUUUCCUCCCUCUUCCCCGGUUGAUUCUGAAGUGGCGAUCGCCUAUGUUUCACGGGCUGUCCUGGCGUCUUUGGAUGAAGAGCCCCAGGCAGUGAAGAGGGUGAAAAGCUGGCGCGCUGUGGUGCGGCGCGUUCGGCCUCCAGCAGAUCCUACCCAGGAGCAGGCAGGACAUGGCCCCUCUGCACUCGCUGCCCCUGCCCCUCGCGUGCUCGUGCCGAAUGCAGAUGGAGUAAAUGGGCGGCCGCCAUCGCCUGCUCAGAACGACGAGGUCGUCGUCGUGUGGUCCCCGGAGGUCACUAUCCCCGGAGGACACAUCGUGUUCCAUGGCAUCGUUGACGGUGUGGACGAUUGGGAUCUAGUACGAGUGACUUUUCUGAGAGAGGAAGGGGAUAUACCAGAUACCCCUUCGCAUCCUCCGGGCGAAGAGGAGUACAAAAUGAGACCAUCUCAGCACGGUUUGGCCGGUGUAGACGAUAUCCUGAGCCGGUGUUCUACGUUCUGCUUGACCAAUUUCGCACUGCAUGCCUUCAGCAAACGGGUGCGUGGAGUCCCUGGCUUGCUUGUGACUGGCCGAUCCGGCUCGGGGAAAACUUCCAUUCUGCAUGCUAUCGCAAAGUCGCUGCAGGAAGAUUCAAAGACUUUUGCAUAUAUACACUAUGUCGACUUCGCCAAGUACUCUGAAAUACCCAUAACAAAAGUACGCGCCCUGCUCAAGUACUGGAUGGACAAGGCGUCAUGGCACCGACCCUCGGUCCUCGUCUUUGACAACGUGGAUAAACUGAUGGGUGCUGAGCUCGAACAUGCCGACUCUUUCCGAAGUAGGCACAUCACAGAGAUCUUCCUCGCGAUAUACGGACCCUCUGCGCGCUCUGCAGCUCCGAACGCGAACGGCGUCGUCCUCCUCGCAGCGGCAGAGUCACAAGCCGCUCUGCACCCGCUGCUGAACUCGGCCCAUGCGUUCCAGGAGGUGGUGGGUCUCAAGCCUCCAGGGAAGGAUGCUAGGAGAGACAUUAUCGGGCGGUUGGUCCGCGAUCGGAUGGAGACCUCAGACAUUACGGAAGAGCCCUCUGUGCCGCUGAAUUUCACGGCAUUGGCUACGCAGACGGAGGGGUACUCUGUGACUGACCUCAAGGAUCUAGUUGCUCGUGCAGUGCAUCGCGCAGCAAUCCGGGCGUCGAGGAACGACGCGGACGAGAACGCUGCGACGACUCUUGUGCCCGGAGAUUUUGCUGCGGCACAGGUGGAUUUUGUUCCGCUGUCGCUGCGGGAUGUGAAGUUGCAGAAGUCUGAGGUCGCAUGGUCCGACAUCGGAGGGCUCGCCGAGACGAAGCGGAUCCUCCGUGAGACGCUGGAGUGGCCGAGCAAGUACGGCCCAAUAUUCGCCCAGUCUCCUUUGCGUCUGCGCUCUGGGUUACUCUUGUAUGGCUAUCCUGGGUGCGGGAAAACCCUCCUGGCAUCGGCGGUCGCGAAGGAGUGUGGGGUGAACUUUAUCAGCAUCAAAGGCCCGGAGCUGCUGAACAAGUACAUCGGUGCGAGCGAGAAGUCUGUGCGCGACCUGUUCGAGCGGGCGAGCGCGGCGAAGCCGUGCGUCCUGUUUUUUGACGAGUUCGACUCAAUUGCGCCCAAGCGAGGACAUGAUAGCACGGGUGUGACGGACCGUGUGGUUAACCAGAUGCUGACGCAGAUGGAUGGUGCUGAGGGGCUCGAUGGCGUGUAUGUGCUCGCUGCUACGAGUCGUCCCGAUCUCAUAGACUCUGCUCUACUCCGCCCAGGCCGCUUGGACAAGUCGCUGCUCUGCAACAUGCCGGAUGCGUCCGAGCGGAAAGACAUCCUGACGGCGCUCAGACGCAAGACCACGAUUGCCCCCUCGGUCGACUUCGACGCGCUCGCGGCGCAGACAGACGGGUUCUCGGGCGCGGACCUACAGGCUCUCGUGUAUAACGCUCAUCUGGAGGUGAUACAUGAGACUAUCGCCGCGUCGGAAUCUCUGGCGCAAAGUGGCGGCGCGGGUCCUGCGGAGGAGGAGCGUGCCAUCGAGUACGUCCGUUUGGGCGUGCUCGGAGAGGACGGCGGGAAGGGAGUGGUCACGCGCGCGGAGGAGGCUGCGUUUCAGCGGCGGCUUCGGAGGAUACUGUCGAACCAGGCGACUGGUAAGCGGGUCGCGAACCACCCGGCGGAGGUCGACGCGCCGAAGAAGCACGAGAUUUCCGAGGAGCAUUUACGCAGAGUUCUGAAGACGAUGCGCCCGUCGGUCCUUCCGGAAGAGCGGCUGCGGUUGGACCACAUAUAUCGAGCAUUUGUGUCUGAUAGGAGCGGGGAGCUUCCCGUUCCACCGGACGCGGGCGGGGUGGGACAUCGGGUGUCGUUGAUGUAG